ACUUCGCCCCGCAGCCUUGCAGCCCCGCGGCCGCGCGGUUGAGUCGAGCUGCCGUGGGACUGGCUUGUGCAGAGCUGGGUGGAGAGGCUGGGCUUUGCAGUGGAAGCAGCAUCUUUGCCAGCUGGAACCUGGCAGAGGGCGUCCCCACUCCGGGGGAAGCAAAGGACCCGCCCUGACCUAGCCUGGCCCAGGCUGGUCCAGCCUGGCCUGAGCGCCCCGCCCGGGAGCCGGCUCUGAGGCAGGGACCACUGGGGUCCCAGAGCGCGGUUGCCAUGGACAAGAUCCUGGAGGCGGUGGUGACGUCGUCAUACCCAGCGAGCGUGAAGCAAGGACUGGUGCGGCGCGUGCUGGAGGCGGCGCGGCAGCCACUGGAGCGGGAGCAAUGCCUGGCGUUGCUGGCGCUGGGCGCGCGCCUCUACGUGGGUGGCGCCGACGAGCUGCCGCGCCGCGUGGGCUGCCAGCUGCUGCACGUGGCCGGCCGUCACCACCCGGAAGUCUUCGCAGAGUUUUUUAGCGCGCGCCGCGUGCUGCGCCUGCUGCAGGGGGGCGCCGGGCCGCCGGGCGCCCGCGCGCUGGCCUGCGUGCAGCUCGGCCUGCAGUUGUUGCCCGAAGGGCCGGCAGCCGACGAGGUGUUCGCGCUGCUGCGGCGCGAGGUGCUACGCACCGUGUGCGAGCGCCCGGGGCCCGCGGCCUGUGCGCAGGUGGCCCGGUUGCUGGCGCGCCACCCACGCUGCAUCCCCGACGGCCCGCACCGCCUGCUCUUCUGCCAGCAGCUGGUGCGCUCCCUGGGCCGUUUUCGUUGCCCGGCCGAGGGCGAGGAGGGCGCGGUGGAGUUCCUGGAGCAGGCCCAGCAGGUGAGCGGGCUCCUGGCGCAGCUGUGGCGAGCUCAACCCGCCGCCAUCCUGCCCUGCCUCAAGGAGCUGUUCGCCGUCAUCUCCUGCACAGAGGAGGAGCCGCCAUCUAGUGCCUUGGCCAGUGUGGUCCAGCACCUCCCAUUGGAACUCAUGGAUGGUGUCGUCCGGAACCUCAGCAAUGAUGACAGUGUGACGGACUCCCAGAUGCUGACUGCUAUCAGCAGGAUGAUCGACUGGGUGUCCUGGCCCCUGGGGAAGAACAUUGACAAGUGGAUCAUUGCACUGCUGAAGGGCCUGGCGGCUGUUAAGAAGUUCAGCAUCUUGAUCGAGGUUUCACUCGCCAAAAUCGAGAAGGUUUUCUCCAAGCUCCUGUACCCUAUUGUCCGGGGAGCUGCCUUGUCUGUCCUCAAGUACAUGCUCCUGACCUUCCAGCACUCCCAUGAGGCCUUCCACCUGCUCCUCCCUCAUAUCCCGCCAAUGGUGGCCUCUCUGGUCAAGGAGGACUCCAACUCGGGGACCAGCUGCCUGGAGCAACUGGCGGAGCUGGUCCAUUGCAUGGUGUUCCGGUUCCCGGGCUUCCCGGAUCUGUACGAACCUGUCAUGGAGGCCAUCAAGGACCUUCAUGUUCCCAAUGAGGAUCGAAUCAAGCAGCUGCUGGGGCAGGAUGCCUGGACCUCGCAGAAGAGUGAGCUGGCUGGCUUCUACCCCCGGCUCAUGGCCAAGUCAGACACGGGCAAGAUUGGUUUAAUCAAUCUGGGCAACACGUGCUACGUGAACAGCAUCCUUCAGGCCUUGUUCAUGGCUUCUGAUUUCAGACACUGUGUGCUCCGUUUGACCGAGAACAACUCGCAGCCCUUGAUGACCAAGUUGCAGUGGCUCUUUGCCUUCCUGGAGCACAGCCAACGGCCUGCCAUUUCUCCAGAGAACUUCCUGUCUGCCUCCUGGACACCCUGGUUCAGCCCCGGCACCCAGCAGGACUGUUCAGAGUACCUGAAGUACCUGCUGGAUCGGCUGCACGAGGAGGAGAAAACCGGGACGAGGAUCUGCCAGAAGCUCAAGCAGUCCAGCUCGCCCUCCGCGCCCGAGGAGCCCCCCAGCCCGAGCUCAACGUCCGUGGAGAAGAUGUUCGGAGGCAAGAUUGUGACUCGGAUCUGCUGUCUCCGCUGCCUCAACGUCUCCUCCAGGGAGGAGGCCUUCACAGACCUCUCUCUGGCCUUUCCCCCAGCCGAGCGCUGCCGCCGCCGCCGCCUGGGCUCAGUGAUGCUCCCUCCAGAAGAGGUCGGCCCCCGGGCCCCUCUGCCGUCCCGAGCCCAGGGGCCAGGCAAGGUGGGUCCUCGGAGGCAGAGGAAACACUGCAUCACAGCCGAUGUCCCCCCCGCCAUCCUGGACAUGGCAGGCCUGGGCCACCAGGGACCCGGCGGGCAGAGCCUUCAGGAGGAGAAGGGGGAGAAGGAGGAGCGAGCAGAGGAGGAGGAGGAGACCAGAGAGGGAGAGGACGAGCGAGAGAAGGGAGAGCCGAAGGGGGAAGAGGAAGAAGAGGAGGAGGAGAAGGAGGCGGAGGAGAAGGAGAAGAAGGAGGAGGUGAUGGAGAAGAAGGUGGAGAAGGAGGCCGACAGUCUGGGCCCGGGGACCCUCAGGAAUGCCGCCGUGCCCUCUGCAGAGGGCUCCCGCUCUGUGCUGGACCUGGUCAACUACUUCCUGUCGCCGGAGAAGCUGACGGCCGAGAACCGCUACCACUGCGAGUCGUGCGCCUCCCUGCAGGACGCCGAGAAGGUGGUGGAGCUGAGCCAGGGGCCGCGCUACCUCAUCCUGACGCUGCUGCGCUUCUCCUUCGACCUGCGCACCAUGCGGCGCCGCAAGAUCCUGGACGACGUCUCCAUCCCGCUGCUGCUGCGCCUGCCCCUGGCGGGGGGCCGGGGCCAGGCCUACGACCUCUGCAGCGUCGUGGUGCACUCGGGGGUGUCCUCGGAGAGCGGCCACUACUACUGCUACGCCCGCGAGGGCGCGGCCCGGCCAGCCCCGAGCUUGGGCGCGGCCGACAGGCCCGAGCCCGACAACCAGUGGUACCUGUUCAACGACACCCGGGUGUCUUUCUCCUCCUUUGAGUCUGUCAGCAAUGUCACCUCCUUCUUCCCCAAGGACACGGCCUACGUGCUCUUUUACCGGCAGCGGCCUGGGGAGGGGCCCGAGGCUGAGCCUGGCUCCCCCCGGGCCCGGGCCGAGCCCGCCCUCCACAAAGACUUGAUGGAAGCCAUCUCCAAAGACAACAUCCUUUACCUGCAGGAGCAGGAGAAGGAGGCACGGAGCAGGGCGGCCUACAUCUCUGCGCUCCCGGCAUCCCCGCACUGGGGCCGGGGCUUUGAUGAAGACAAAGACGAGGAUGAAGGCCCUCCGGGGGGCUGCAACCCUGCAGGUGGCAACGGCGGUGACUUCCACAGACUCGUCUUCUAACGUGGACCCUCCUCCCCCAGCCUUCUCGCACGUGUGGGGUGCCACAGCCAACCUCGGGGGGUGGGGGGCCUUGGCCUUUGCUGCUGGGAGCAGGGUGGGGGCCCAGGGCCAGGGCGGAGGCGCUCUGCCAGGUGGGGUCUGAGGGAGGCUGCGGAGGCAGGUCUGGUCCUGAAGGCAGGCCCUUCCGAGGCCGGGAGAGAUGGAGAGGGGCCUUCAGGGACACGACAUGGGCACACGGAGCCUGAGAGACAGAGGCGAGCCCCAAGCCCCUGGCACUGGGCCUCGCCCCGUUGCGACUUGCACCCAAGUGUCCUGAUCCGCUUGCAGCGGCGAAGAUGGACGCUCUCUGGGCCUUGCGCCCCGCCCUGGCUGAACCCCACAGCACUCGCCUCUUGCCGGCAAGUCGAAGCUCCCUCCGGCUCCUGUCAGACAAUCUUGUUUCUCUCUGGUACAAAAAGCGCAUCAGGAUCCAAGCCCCAGCCAGAGAAGGGGGCCCCCUUGUUUGUCUGAGGGGAUCAGGCGCCGUCUGUGGGUGCCUACACAGUUUGUACUCAGAGGGCGUGUAGGUGGAAGCAGCCUGGCCCGGGAUCGGAGACUGUCCCCCGACACCAAGUGACAAUGCACAGAGGGGAGGACAGCCUCCUGUCCCCUCUCCUGCCUCAGUGCCUGAGAUGCCCCCGUUCGCAUCCCCCUUCUGGUUAAGACAGAGAGUCCUUAUUUUGCUGCAGGUAUGUGUGUGUGUCUCACAGCGUCUGUCCUGAGGGAAGCUGGCUGGCUCAGCGCCUCAUCACGUGGCCCUUGGGGUGGUGGCGGGGUGGGAGGGUGCCUGGGGAGGAAGAGUAUUGACCUCCUUGUGCCCCACCGCUGCUGUACCCCUUCUACGUGGAGGGAAGAGAACCAGGGUCUCAAACCGGAAUAAAAGGAGGUUCUCUGAA